CCUAGCUGGUUAGCUAAUUCUCCUGCCGUCCUUAUUUCUCCACCUUCCUCCACCGGCUCUUGGAGAUAUCAGCAAUAGCAUUUGUUGAGGAAGGCGACCCUGACCCUGCCCCCAACCUGUUAAAACCACCUCUUUCAAAAGGGGUGGAGCAAAACCAAAACGCUCGAGCAAAACCAAAAGCCGCAGGUAAUUCACCGAGCACGCAAGAAGAACUGUAAAUUCAAAAGGAAAAUAAACACCCGAGACGAGAAAAAUGCAGCUCAAGAGAGAUAUUCUGUUCAGCGUGCACACAAUUCCCUUUUUUUGGUCGUGUGCUACACAUUUGCGCUCACGAGAAGCAAAAUGUUAAAACAUGCUGGUUAAUUUUUUUCACCUGGUAUUUUUGCGCCAUACCCCAGGACUUUGUGAAAAUAUUCUGUGGGCUGUGUAAGGUAUGUAUUCUGUUACAUCUGGUGUAAAACAAACACAGAAUUUCAGAAAAAGAUUGUCACACUGAACGUAAAACAUGGUGGUGGUAGUGUGAUGGCCUGAUCCUGCAUUGCUGCUUUAAGACCUGGACAACUUGCUGUAAUAGAUGAAACCAUGAAUUCUCCUGAAUGUUUGACCAUCAGUUUGUGACCUUAAGCUCGGGUGUACUUGGGUUCUGCAGCAAAACAAUGAUUUGAAACACACCAGCAGGUCCAUCUCUAACCUGGUGGAAAAAAAAACUAAAUUAAGGUUUUGGAGGGGUCUAGUCAAAGUCUGAUUGACAUGCUGUGGCAUGACCUUAAACAGGCUGUUUAUGCUCAAAAUCCCUGCAAUGUAGGUGAAUUAAAACAAUUCUCCAAUGAAAAAUGGACCUCUGUUUCUACGUUGAGGUAGGAAAACUGAUUAAAUGAAAUGAAAAUGAUCCAGUUGAAGUUGCAGAAAGACCCUCCAGUCCCAAAUGCUGUGUUCCUCAUCUACAAAUGCAAAACAAAAAGUAAAAGCUGCCAAUGGUAGCACCGAUGGUUAAUUACUGAUUCCAACCUUAUUACCACAAAAACGAAUGCAAACUUGCUAAUUUAAUCUGAUCAUCAACAGAUCUGAUGUAAGAAACAAAUCCAGUCUGAUCUGGGCAUAGCCAAAGUAAAUGCGAGGAAUACUACAAUAAUUUCUGUUAUAUUUUCUAUAUCUAACUGUUCUAACUUGUCCUGAUUUGGGGUUGAAUCCAUUCAACCCUUCACCGCAGUUCUUGACCUAUCAUUUUACCUACAGUCCACAGGUUAAUCUAUAUCAGUGUCAAUAAAUAGUAAAAGAUUAACAUGGGUUAUGAAGUCCUUUGUUCUUUCACACACUGCUGAAUGAACUUUCCCUCAAAUCCCUUCAGGUAUUUAUGUCAGUAUGGACAGAAAGAAAUCUAAACUCCAGUGACUAAAAGACCAGCGAUACCAUCAGACUAACAUCCAUGCUCUACAGCAGCUUUCAGGUGCCACAAUGAAUGGAAGCACAGUGUUUACAUGUGCUCUGGUCUUAACAAGUCUGAUGGUAGCCUCGAUCCAAGCAGGAAACAUCCUGGUAGUUCCGGUUGAUGGCAGCCAUUGGAUCAACAUGAAAGUCUUGAUUGAGGCACUUCAUGCCAAAGGACACAAAAUUACAGUGAUACGAGCAGCAGAAAGCUGGUAUAUUACUGAAAAGUCCCAUCUUUACACUUCCAUCACCAUACCGAUGCCUGGGUUACUUGAUGAGGAAUUCAUGAAAGGUUACAUAAACAGGCUCCUGGAAAUCCGGAGGGAGGGCUCCAUGUUUGCUCGUCUGAUCCUGGAAAAGGAGAUGUGGGAAAAAGCAGGAGAAAUGUUGGAAAAGGAGAAAAAACUAGUGAUGAGAAUAGUUGAAGAUAAGAAGUUGGUAAAAUCUCUGAAAGAUGCCAAAUAUGACUUGUGUCUUGUUGACCCUGCUUUCCUCAGUGGCGUCAUUAUCGGCCAUUUUCUAAAACUACCUCUUGUUUUCAACGUUCGGUGGAUAGCCGGAGGUGAAGGUCAUUUUGCGAUAGCCCCUUCCCCACUAUCUUAUGUGCCUCUGCCAAUGCUGGAGUUACCUGAUCGCAUGACCUUUUUCCAGAGAGUAUUUAACGUGGUCAUGUCCCUUGUUACAGAGUUACAAGUCAAAUAUUUUCUAGAACCAGAUUACAACGCACUGUGUAAACAAGUGUUGGGGCCUGAAGCAAAUUACUUUGAAAUAGUCCAAGGCGCAGAUUUGUGGCUUUUCCGAGGUGAUUUUAUCUUUGAAUUCCCAAGACCCACUAUGCCAAACAUUGUCUACAUGAGCGGUUUCCAGUGCAAACCAUCAAAGUCUCUUCCACGAGAUCUUGAGGACUUUGUGCAGAGUUCUGGUGAACAUGGUGUCAUCAUCAUGUCUCUGGGCACGUUGAUUGAACAGCUUCCUCGUGAUGUUGCUGAUGCAAUAGCUGAAGCAUUUGCAGAGCUUCCACAGAAAGUUAUCUGGAGAUACAAAGGAGAAAGACCAUCAACCCUUGGGAACAACACUUUACUGGUGGACUGGAUGCCUCAGAAUGAUCUCCUUGGUCACCCCAAGACCAGGGCCUUUGUGGCACAUGGUGGAACUAAUGGAGUUCAAGAAGCUAUCUAUCAUGGAGUUCCUCUUGUUGGGUUUGGGCUCAUCUGGGAUCAGCCUGACAAUCUUUCAAAAAUGAAAGUGAGGGGAGCAGCUAAGAUGGUGGACAUUGCAACCUUGGACAAGAACUCCUUCCUCCAAACUGUAAAAGAAGUUCUUCAUGAUCCUUCAUACCGGGAAAACAUGCAGAGACUCUCCAGACUCCAUAAAGACGUACCUGUAAAGCCCUUAGAUAAUGCUGUCUUCUGGAUCGAGCAUGUUAUGAGGCAUGGUGGUGCUCCUCAUCUACGAACUGAAUCUUACAAAAUGCCCUGGUAUUCUUAUCACUCUGUUGAUGUCCUGCUGUUCCUGCUGUCUGUAGUUUCAUUAAUAGUCUUUAUUACGUACAGAGUCAUCAGAUAUUGCUGCUGUAGGCUGUGCAUGAGGAGGAAAAACACCAAACGAGAGUGAUUCGUGAAAGUGUUUAUUUAAAUUAUCAUUCAGCAAUCAUGUUCUGUACUUAUCUUUUAAAAAAAUUGUUUUACCCAAGAUUUAAGCAUCAGAUUGCAAUGUUAUUCUAAAGGAAGACAGAAGUUAUUAGGAAUGACAAAAGUUUGUCAGUUUAGACAUAUUGGCUAUAUUAAUUGAUUUACAUUAAUUUAGCUAUAUUAAUUGAGAUAUAAAAGUAAUGUGUAAUUCAACAUCCCGGAAGUCUCGGCACAGAGCUGUUCGAGUUGAUAAUGGUUUCCUGAAAUAUUUCAUUACUUGUAACUUGAAUGUUCCUCCCAUGUGUUAUUUAAACAAGACCAAUAUUGUCCUCAUACUGCUACCAUCUGAAGAGUUGCUCUAAAGUCACAGAUACUAUAGCAUGUCCGUCCGCAUUGCCAGACCCAUCUCUGAUUGAAAUUGUAUAGGAUGCUAUUUGACUCAGCAGGAACUGCUUGAAUAUUCAAGUUGCAUUGGAUGGAUUAUCGCAGAACACGAUUAGGAAUUUCUACAGCUCCAUGCUGAGAGUCUGGCAUGUUCUGUUAGACAUGCGUUUCCCACUAAUUCUGUAUGUUUAGCUCAAUAAAUAAUGCUUUUAUUAGUCUACAUUUUUAAUCCGAUACUUCCUUCUGGGUGCAAGUAUUUUUUGAUGAGGAAUGUACUUUUGCUGUGCAGUAUAUUGGCUUGGAUGCUUCUAAAUCUGUUUGUGUGUACAGAUAUUUCAGCCCUCCAGACCACUCCACUACACACUUAAGCCUUAUUUAGAGAGGAACAUUUUACAUGGAAUUAUAAUAAUAAUAAAUUAUUAUCAGAGAUUCUCUGUAAUUUAUUUGUGGCUAAUUGCUCCAUGUCAGUCAUUUUUACACACGGCACACUCCCCUCAGCAAAGAUUCUCAUGAUUUUUACCUUUAAAAUGAGCAAUUAAAAUUACAAAAUAUUAAAUUCAAAAGGCAAGAGAAAGGACUCCUCAGAAGUGACAACAUUUCUUAAAACAAUUAGUCAAUGAUACACCCCCUGCAACAGUACUGUAGUAGUUUGUGCAAUGCCUUUUAUUCUGCUGUAGACAAAUAAAAAUACUAUUGUGUUUAAUAUCAUUUGUGAAGCUUUUCCAGGCUUUUACCUCAGCCUCUUCCAGGUGUUUUUUUGGGGAGGGGGUUACUCCCUUUAGUCUCCUCUUUUAGCAGGUAAAAUACAAGCUCUGUAGAGCUUUAAUCUGUAGAUUGACUAAACCAGUAUAAAACCUUCAACAUCUUUCCCCUGAUGAACUUUAUUGUAUUUUAGCAGUGUGUUCUUAGUGAUUACCUUACUGCAUAAUAAAAGUCUUCCAAAUUG